AUGCAACUCGGGCGCUCAAAGACCCAAUUUCAACAACUUGAUGCUGAACCUCGACCCGUUGGAAAUCCAUCUUCUAUUUUCCCAGGAUGUCCGCCACCAUCUUAUCGUUCUUCAACGAACGCUGAUGACAGCGCCACAUUUAGCAGUACAGAAUCAUCCGGCGUUGCAGCACCAACAUAUUCUAUCAAACGACGUAAUUCUUGGAUAAAUUUAAUCGAAAGUAAUGAAAAUUUAUGCAAGAAAGAUUUAUUGCAUUAUACUGAACCACCGUACACAACGACAACAACAACAGGUAACGUCAACAUUCCAAUGCCAGCGUGUUGCACGUGGACUGGAAAUAUUUACGGGAAUAAUUACCAAUUCCCGCAAAAGUACAAUUUAAAUGGUCGAUAUGCAAAAUAUUUUACACCUUUCUAUGUGUUAAAUUCCACCGGCGAUCCGAUUGCUAUAUCCAAAUUGGAGUUAACUAGAAGAAUAGCAAUAAUCGAUUCAACUCUGAGAGAUAAUGGCAAAAAUUUGAUUUGCUUUGUAAUGAAUAUGAAUAUUUCAACAAUGCCCGAUAAAUAUUCUCUCGAAAUUGGUGCUCAAAAUGCUUUCAAACGUACGGAACAAAUUCACGGAUGGGAAGAAGCGUGGAAUUUCUUGCCUGUUUCAUAUUUCGGUAAUUCGUCCAUACUUUUUGAUCCACCCAUUCCCGAAUGUAAUGCCGCACGAUGGAUUUUGCUUAAUUAUACAAAGUCUAAUCAAAGAGAAAUUCAGUUUGCAAAAUUGUUUGAUCCAGGAAAGAAAUGCAGCGAUUGUUAUGAUUUUUGUUUACCGGAACUCGGUAUUGAAAGGGAUUAUCUGAGAGCAGAAACAUUUUUAAAUAUUAUACGCCGUGAUUGCUUUUAUCUUUUCGUACCGGAGUGGCGCUCCUUUGCAGCUGCAUAUAGCAGUAAACAGAAUGAAUACGAUUUCCAACAAUUUUAUAACCAAGGUCGGAAUCGUAUAAACAGUGACGAUGAGAACGAGAAUAGCAGAAGCAAUGGUGGCAGUAAUUAUGGGAAUGGCGGUAAUUAUGGGAAUCGUUUUAAUGGGAUACAAAAUGUCGUGGAUGGAAUUGUACAGCCGAUCACUGAUCAGUAUCGAAAUUUUGAAUCGAAAUGGAUUUCUCUGCAGAAAAUACCGCGUGCUGAUGAAGCAGAACAAAUUUCAAACCCUGGUAUGGAUCAAAUAAGUAAUAUUGCAUCAAAUAUACAAAAUUCUCCAUCAAAUGCUGUUCAAAGUAUUUCUGGAAAUAGGAAUUAUCAACAACAACAGACAGUGAAAAACAGUUUCACUGGGAGUAUGUUACCGAGCAGUUAUAGUAAUUUUAAUUUGAAUAGCAGUACUAACAGUUUUAAUAACGGUCAAACGAGAAAUGUAUUUGAAAAUGGAAAUAGUGAUUUUUUGAACGAUAAUGACCGGACGAAGCCUCUACUUCCAAUGCCACCACCAAGUUAUCCAAUACAACUCAACCAAUAUUCCCCAUCAUCUUUGGAUCAUAAAAAUUCCUUCACCGAAGUCCUACAGAAUUUUGGAAGCGGAAAUGUGCGACAACAAAAUAGCGCUUUUGGUACUAACAAUAACAUUGGACAGUUCUCUUCGGCGACUAAAUUCAACGGCCAGCCAAAUGGUUAUAAUUCGCAAUUGUCCAGUAGUCAAACAUUUAAUGGUCUAUCAAAUACAGUGAGCAUUGAUGGCAAAAAUAAUCAGCGAAAAAAUAUCUAUGACCAAUCGAUUGAGGAUGGUGAAAGCAUUUCAAAACAAUCAAAUUAUCAUACUCCGCAGCCUGGAAUUGAUGCGUACAUACAGCAAGCAGGAAAUAUCAAGCAGAAUGAACAGGAUAAUGGUUCAGGAAAUCAACAGUCGGUCAAUGAUCAGGGAUGGAUUAUUGUUGGUUAA